AUGGCAGAACUACCCAGAGAACUUAUCUCCAACUCUGGAAGUCAAAACUCGGCUGCCCAGCAGUCCAGGCCCUCGGUCACAUGGGACCUGGGCUCGCCAUCGGUUUUUUCGGCCUCCCAGGCGACUACCAGUUCCGGCACCAACCGGACCCGGGCCUCCCCGCACGUUAGAUUCGGCAGCCAACCCGAAAUCCACGUAGGGACCCAUCCGCAGAUCUGCUUCCUGCGGCCGCGGACCGCGCAGCCGCUGGUGCUCUUCAGCUUAAUGAAUUCCAGUGAAGCAGCGGCGAAAAAAUUUUUACCCAAGAGCAACUUAUCCCGGGUGAUUAUUCGUGACAAUCUCAGUGCACAAAGGAUCUAUGAGAUGGAGAUAAGAGCCUCAGACAGGACCAAGAGAAAGAUGAGCCACUUAUACGACCACCUGAAGAAAAAGUUCAUGACAGACCAGCUCAGGAAGCUGGGGCGCUGGAGACGGGAAUCCAUGAACAUCCAGCAGUAUCUGGAUAGCAUCCGCGUGUACAAGGUCCACUUCAAACUCCAGCGUAACAGGAAAAGCCAGCCACCCUAG